UGACGUACAAUCCGGCCUUCAGUUGCGGGAAAAAGAGACGGAUCGGAGUGGUGUUUUCUUCGGUCCAAACACUCCAACAGCGUCUAGAUUCAAGGAGCAACUCACAAGGCUCAAGACUCGUUUUCCCCUAUGCCUAGUUCAAUAAUUCUGGAUAUGGAGCGUAGCAGCACGGAGGCAGAUCAACGUGCAUUUCAAAUCGCUCUCGAACUUUCAAUGUUAGGACUUACAAACGAUGAUGAUUGUACUCCCCAUUCGUUUGACGACAUACGUGCUGCCAAAAAAAGCAUGAAUACCACGGAAUGUGUUCCUGUGCCGAGCUCAGAGCAUGUAGCAGAGAUCGUAGGAAGGCAAGGUUGCAAGAUAAAAGCGCUGAGAGCAAAGACGAAUACGUAYAUCAAAACACCUGUGCGUGGCGAAGAUCCAGUUUUUGUGGUCACAGGACGCAAAGAAGACGUUGCACUAGCCAAACGUGAAAUAGUUUCUGCAGCCGAGCACUUUUCGCAGAUACGUGCCCAAAGAAAAAGUAACAGCCUCAACUCGCUUGCUCCUGGGCCUCCAUCUCCAGGAAUUCCAGGCCAAACAACUGUGCUUGUUAGAGUUCCGUACCGUGUAGUUGGACUUGUUGUUGGGCCAAAAGGAGCCACUAUCAAACGGAUUCAACAACAAACUAAUACAUACAUUGUCACUCCGUCAAGAGAUAAAGAGCCAGUCUUUGAAGUCACUGGGGCUGCUGAUAACGUAGAAAGUGCACGUAAUGAAAUCCUCGACCAUAUUUCCAACCGGACCGGAGGUAUGAUGGACGCAAACGACGACAGUGUUUUUCAUAACGGCGACCUUAACUCCUUCAAUGAGUUUCGCAACGGAUCCAUCUAUUCCAGCGGCUCGCAAUCCAGCUUCUCUUCAUUCCGUGACAGCGGCCAUGGGCGCUCUCAGUCGACUGAUUCUUUCUACUACGGGAACGGUUCUACAAAGAUCAACGAUGGAUUCAAUCCCAUAAACAGUCCUUUUUCACCCAAUGGCUUCUUCUUCAACGAUUUUCCCUCGCCAACGGAAAGAGAUGUUGGUUCUGAUGCAAACUCCAGUGGAUCUGGUGGAUUCGAUCCUGCUCCAACUCCUCCAUCGCCAUCAAUUUGGGCUCCAGUUUCUACUAUGGCMCCCAACUCUUUCUCCAGGUCUUCCAGCAUUAAUGGUUCUACUUUGCAGAGCUCGGUUGUCAGGCCUGCAAGUCCACAAAAUGCUCAACGCCGUCUAAAAAACGAUGCGUUGUCAAACACAUUCUCAUCACUGCAAGCUUUUACGCCGUUUACUUCACAAAAUGCAAGCUCUGCUAAUUCUGACGUCGUCUCGUCACUUGCUAACGGUAGUUGUGCUGGAGUAAUUGGCACUACAACAACAGUGGAUGUUAUUGGCAUCAAAACAACCGAGCAUAGCGAGACGAACAACAAUCAGCCAGCUUCAAAGGACAAGAAAAAAGAAUGUGUUGUGUGCUUUGAGAGUGAGGUGGUAGCUGCACUUGUACCGUGUGGUCACAAUCUCUUCUGCAUGGAGUGUGCAGACAAAAUUCGAGAGGAAAAUUCAGCUUGCCCAGUAUGCCAAAAGCAAGUGCUCCAAGUUCUGCGUAUUUUCUCAUAAGAAACACUCAGACGAUCAAUUUUCAAGCAAGACAAGCCAGCGUCAAUUUGACGGUAUUUUGACUAAUUUAAUGUAUGAACACUAGUAGGAAAUUUAGAGAAUUUCAAAUCCAUGAUGUGAUGAGGACUUUAUUGUCCCUUAUUGCGACUAAAUCUGCUUAUAUUUAAGUGGAUAGAUAAAGCUAUACCUCAAGUAGGUCAAAUAAGAUAUUAAUAUGUAGAUUCAGACUUAAUUUAAUAUUUAGUGAAAGUUCAGAUAAGAGUAUUCUAAGUUAAAAAGAAGAAACUUCUAUACUGGGAUUGUGAAUCAAAUUAUCUUCAUAGAGAUUUUGGCAUGGUUUUGCAUGUCGACUAAAUAUUUCUAGCCAUAUGGAGUAAAUUCUUGGCAGCCAAAUAAAUAUCUAUCAAUAAAGAUACAGAUAUCUCAAUUAGAAAGAGUUUUACAAUAAUAUUUCAACACAAUCCUUCCUCAAUAGCUAUAUUUAUGUGAACUAUUUUAAGUAAUAAUAAGUUUUGUACACACAUUCAAUUCUAUGCUUAUAAAAAUAUAUAUAUAUAAAUAUACGAUAUUUGUACAAGAUAUGUAGUCAUAAUUUGGAUACGAUAUUCCGUUGCACUACUAUAGUUGGACUAUUUUAAUAUUACGUAUGGAUGAAGUACUUUUCUGUAAAAUUAGCUGUGGAAUACAGUAGAAAUAUCCAAAUAUUUGAAGUAUUUUUUAUUUUAAAUGCACUUACUAAUACAUAAUGCUUAUAUUCGAAGAACUAUACAGAAGAAUUUAAAAGUGUAAAUUUUAUUUUUUGCUAUUAAAGUAUAUAUAUUCCCGUCGAGGCUGUGUUUAAAAGGUUUGUAAGAACAAUAAUUAAAGCACAGUUCUGUGAGGGCGAGAGCUUGAGGUCUGUUAGCUGAGUCAAGUGAAUUUAGCAUUCAGCACGGGGCAAGCUCUUUCACUCGCAAAGACUUAGUGUGCAUAUCAAAGCAUGUGUUACAUAAUUUGUUUUAAUAAAGGCAUUGGAAAGUUUAGUAUAA